AUGAAGUUGGACACCAAGGCUAUGCGCCACCUCACAUCCGAGGACUGGCGGGUUCUCACAGCAGUAGAAAUGGGCUCCAAGAACCACGAGAUCGUCCCAACGCCCCUCAUUGAAAAGAUCGCCCGUCUUCGCGGGGGCAGCAGCGGCGUACACAAGUCCAUUAGUAACCUGGCUAAGAAUGGGCUGAUAGGUCGCGUCAAAGAGGCCAAAUACGACGGUUACCGCCUGACCUACGGCGGGCUCGACUAUCUCGCCCUACAUACGUACUCCUCCCGCAAGGAAGUCUACAGCGUCGGUAGCCGUAUCGGCGUGGGCAAGGAGAGCGACAUCAUGAUGGUGGCAGACGAAAAGGGGCGGCAGAAGGUGCUGAAGAUCCACAGAUUAGGCCGAAUUUCGUUCCGGACCGUCAAGACGAAUCGGGAUUACCUGAAAAGGAGGCAGGGCGGCUCCUGGAUGUACCUGUCACGACUGUCGGCCAUGAAGGAGUAUGCGUUCAUGCAGGCGCUGGCGGAGGAAGGCUUCCCUGUGCCGGACCCUGUGGCUCAGUCGAGACAUACUGUUGUCAUGUCAUUCAUCGAUUCGUAUCCUCUGCGACAAAUAUCAGCAGUCCCAGACCCCGCGAACCUGUACGCGGAUCUGAUCUCGCUGAUAUUACGACUUGCGAAACACGGGCUGAUUCAUGGCGACUUCAACGAGUUCAACAUCUUGAUUAAGGAGGAGAACGCUGCUGCGGCAUCAGAAGAACAAACGGGAGGGGCCGAAGACGCAGAGACAAGCGGGGCGGCAGUGCUGACGCCUAUUCUUAUUGAUUUUCCCCAGAUGGUCUCAAUGGACCAUCAAAAUGCGGAGAUGUACUUCGACAGGGACGUCAACUGCGUGAAGAGGUUCUUUGAGAGGAAGUUCCACUUCGUCGACACGGCACCAGGCCCAUUCUACAAGGACGCCAAGAAGACCGUGGGCAAGGACGGUGCUAGGAGGAUAGAUGUUGCUGUAGAAGCUUCGGGUUUCACAAAGAAGAUGACGAAGGACUUAGAGGCUGCUAUCAGAGAGCAAGCAGGAUCCAAAGAUGAGGACGGCGAAGGCGACGAGGAUUCGUCAGAUAUGGAUGGGGAAGAACGAUUCCGCUGCCACGGCCGAGAGUGA